AUGCUUGAGUGGAAGGAACAACAGGCUGACAAGACGUUUGUUCACGCUAGAAUGUUGUCUGGGAUGUCUACAGCUGAAUUAGGCAACGAUGCAUCAUGGGGUUUUCUAUUCUUCCACGCAAUAUCUUGUGAUGUGAUACUGUUUCUGCCUUCCAUGGAAUUGGAAAGAGAACAGCUUGGGCUGUUGGUGCACGUCGUCAACAUCGUCGUCAACGCCGUCGUCGUGCUGGCGGUGACGCGCACGCCGUACCUGCAGGAGCCGGCGCACACGCUCAUCGCCAACCUCGCCGUCGCCGACGUCGGCCUCGGCGUGCUCGGCGUGCUGUCGCCGGCGACGUUCGUCGUCGAUCGGCCGCCGAUGGUCGUCUGCGUCGGCCACUUCGCCGUCGUCACCUGCUGCGCGUUCGGCUCCGUGACGAUGCUCAUCGCUAUCAACGUCGACCGCUACGUGUCCGUGUCGCGUCCGCUGCGCUACCAUCAGGUCAUGACCCCGCGCGUCGUCGUCGUCAUGAUCGCGCUCAGCUGGAGCGUCGCCGUCGUCAACGGCGUCGGCAGCUUCGUCGGAAACAGCUGGUCGCCCGACGAGCCGUGUCUGUAUGACGUCAGCAGCGGCAAGGCGACGCUGCUGCUCGACACCGUCUUCAUCGCCAUCUGCGGCGUCGUCAUCGUCGUCAUCUACGCGUACAUGAUACUCGUCGCUAGGCGACACCGUCGGUGCAUCCAGCCGCUGCCGCCGCCGACGACGAGCAACGGUUCCUCGCAGCCGACGGAGCUCCCGGAGGAGAUUCGCUUUUUCUCCGAUGCGCUGGUUAGGAAUCUGAAGCUGGCGAAGACGUUCAGCAUCGUCGUCGGCGCCUUCUUUGUCUGCUGGGCUCCGUACUUCGCCGUGAUGCUGCUGAGCGUGUUCGAGGUGCGACGGGAGCCGCUGGGGAUGCUGCGCGGGGUGGGAACCGUGAUGGCCUGCUGCAACUCGAGCGUUAACUUCUUCGUCUACGCCGGACAGAGCCAAACAUUCCGAACGGCGUUCAGGGCGGUGCUGCCCUCGCGCGGCGGAAACUAG